CGAACUUGCAAGGGGCGUCGCCGGUGACCGCGGGAGCGUGACUGCGCUGCGCGGGGCGCUGGGAGGCAUUGCUGCUACACAGGCCUCUUUGUGAGAAGCAGACCGGCCUGGGGGCUGGGAGCAGGUUACCUACGGCUGCAUGUUGAAGAAAAUGGGUGAGGCUGUGGCCAGAGUUGCAAGGAAGGUCAACGAAACAGUGGAGAGCGGCUCUGACACCCUGGACCUGGCAGAGUGCAAGCUGGUUUCCUUCCCCAUUGGCAUCUACAAGGUCCUGCGGAAUGUCUCUGACCAAAUCCACCUCAUCACACUGGCGAACAAUGAGCUCAAGUCCCUCACCAGCAAGUUCAUGACCACGUUCAGUCAGCUCAGAGAACUCCGCCUGGAAGGGAACUUCCUACAUCGUCUCCCCAAUGAGGUCAGCAGCCUGCAACACCUCAAGUCUAUUGAUCUGUCCCGGAACCAGUUCCAAGACUUCCCUGAGCAGCUGACCACCCUGCCAGCACUGGAGACUAUUAACCUAGAGGAGAAUGAAAUUGUGGAUGUGCCAGUGGAGAAGCUGGCCGCCAUGCCUGCCCUGCGCACCAUCAACCUCCGCUUCAACCCACUGAAUGCCGAGGUGCGCGUGAUCGCCCCACCCCUCAUCAAAUUUGACAUGCUCCUGUCUCCAGAAGGCGCUCGGGCCCCUCCACCGUAGACCACCCGCCUCGUGCCCACCCAGCAAGGGACAGAGGCCACUGGCCUGGCACCCUGAGAGGAGGGAGACCCAGAGGCCCAUAGGAGGGCAAACUUGGGGGAGUGGGGAUGGGUGGGCUGACCAGCGCAGAGUGAGGGGCGCAGCCAGGCCAGGAUAGCUAGCUUAGUGCUGUAGGCAGCCUGGGAUGCCCAGAGGGAGGAGGCCAGGGCCCACCUGAGCCUAAGCUCUAGGCAUUCAUAGCUGCUGUGCAAACUUGGGUAGAAUUCCUGCCCUCCCUGAGUCUUGUUACUUAGAGGAACAAUGGUGAUGGGGAGCCUUUGCCUGUUUUGAGACCCUGGGAGGAUUUUCCUCCACAUUCUCAGACACCCGCCCUGAGCCUGCAGAUGAGCCCUGCUGAACUUCUGGGGGUGGAAGGGAUCUCUUCGUGUUAGAGGUCUUAUUCCUAGUGCUGAGAAGACACCUAUUUAUUGCUUCCUGAGAACUGAGCUGGAUGAAGCUCUUCACAGUGCCCUGGUCUUGGCCAUAUCCAGGACUGGCAGGAACCAGAAUCAGGAUUCCUCUGGAUGCUGUGGAGGGUGUGGCAUGGCCCUACAGCUGGUCGAAAAUAGUUAUGAAGAAGCUUGGGAGCUGCAGGAUGAGACACUGGGGAGCAAAUCAAGGCUGCUCUGUAACUUCCUCAUGAUUAAGAAAUCCAUGGGGCUGG